AUGGAGCCCUCUUCAAAACGGCGGAGGCUGGCCCCUAAGGUUCCCGAACCUCCGGCCGUGCCUGCGCUUCCCCCAACACCACAGAUCCAGCCACAGCCUCCUCCGCAUGCUUUCCCCCAAGACCAGGUACCGCCACAGCACUACCCACACGCUGAACCUGUGUCACGGCUGCCGGAAUGCGACGAGUUCGAAGCGUUCGCCCGCCACCUUCAGGAUGCCGCGAUACACAUCCAACAGCAGACGCUUCGACCCAAGCAUACAAGCGUAUCGGUUUUGAUGUUGCGCUGGGAGGAGGACACGUCAGUUGAGCCGGACUUGCUCGCCCUGGAGCAGGUGUUUCAUGAGCGAUACCAUUACCACAUCGACAAAUGGACCAUCCCUACCGUUCCGAACCCAAGCGUUAAGCUCGGUGUUCGGAUGGCUUCAUUCCUCGACAACGCCCGGCCAGACCACCUCCUUAUUAUAUACUAUGCCGGCCACGGUUAUGUCGGUCCUGACAACCAGCUGUAUUGGGCCUGCAACUCGCGCGAUGACGCCGCCAAGUUGAAGUGGGAUGGUAGCUCGCUAGAAUCUGGACCCAACUCCUUCACGGCCACGUUAUCCGAGACGCUCUCAAAACUCAGCACCUCAGGUCGGCCCUUCAGUGCGCAGAAACUCUACGACGAUUUACGGCAACAGGGGCAACAGGAGAGCACACAGGCACUCGCCAGGCAACCCAAUGGACCUUCCAAGCCGGGCGCCGCACCCGAGAAACUACCAGCUUUCUUUACUCUGACUCCUGCAAAGGGCCAGGGGAUAAUCUUGGUCCCCCUAGACCCAAAAGCGGCCCAGCUUCAAUCACCGCCCCACUCUGCAGACGCCGAUGUUCAAAGUACCUGGACAUCUAAGCCCGAGGAUCGCCCUGUCACCCCAGAGGAGGUUCUCGACCUGACGUUAGAUGAACGGAGGGUGUUGGUAUGCACGACGUUUGUCGGUGACGCUAGCCCUGACAUGGCUUUCUUCAACCAAUGGUUACAUAACAUCCCGGGCGCCGCGUCAAAGUUCACCGUAGAGGGUAUGUUCCUUGGUCCUCCUACCAUGUUGCUCAUAUCCAUGCCCCUCAAUGUCUGGAACAUUGUUCAGCACGACAAAGUCUGCUGUUUCCUUGGCUAUAUCAACUCCCACAACAUGAUACACCUCUACCAGCGGCUUGUCAACGCACAUCCGAGUGGCUUACCAAGUCUCAAAGACGAUGAAGACGGCUGUGCGCUCCAACGCAGUCCGUCUGUACAUCGGAGCGAGAUCCUAGGCCAUUAUCCCGCUCUUCAGAAGGAGGCACCCCGGCGUCAGGGUAGCAACCUCGCACAGGCGGUGGUGGCAUCGAUGACUGCAAUACCUCCUCAGACCAGUCCCGGGCAGACGCCCCCUAUCGUUCCUAAGGAUGAAGUGGAAGAUUCGGCAGAGAUGCAAGAGGCGGCAGAACAACUGAAGGCCCUAAGCCAUGUCCGACACAUGGGCGAUGACACUCCAUCAACGCUCGAUCGCCAGGCCACGCGGGUGGGAGAUAGCAUCGCUGUCCGACACGUUGGCGAUCCCGGUUCCCCGGCCAACGGCGUCGCGCCAGGGGCUGAGAGGGCCCCGUUCGACGCCCAGUACAGCACUCCGACCGCAAAACCAAAAGUUAGGAAACCUCUCCAGAAGCAGGCCCCAAAACAAGAAGUUCGGUGCGACUACUGCAGCCAUGCGCCCUUUAAGGACUCCUCGUCCCUCCGUAGCGCCGACGGCAAGGGAAACGAGUUCAACCGCAAGGACCUGUUCACGCAGCACCUUCGCCGCAUGCAUGCGCCAUUUGCGAUCAAGAAGGCUUUAUCCAAAGGGGACAACAAGCUGCAGGCGGAAUGGGAUACCCACGUCAAGGAAAUGCAAACAACAUGCCUCGUUACUCGGAGACAGCCGCCUCAACGGUCAGCCUGUCCCAAGCCUGACUGCCAAAGCGUAUUCGAAGGACCCGGGUCCUGGGACGAGUGGACUGAGCAUGUCGGACGACAUAUGGAGAAAGGGGAAGCUCACCGUAUGGGGGUCGAUCAGUUGCUGGCGCAGUGGGCGCUGGAUGAAUGCAUAAUCGAGAACCACGGAGAUGGUGAGUACAGGCUCUGCGGUGGGAACGGGUCGGGUGUGGGUGAGAAUCACCUGAACAAUAACGGCAAAAUUACUCUGGAUGGUGUCGGGAAAACAGACGAGGACGACAACCCAUCCAUCACGGUUGCAAUACCAGGGUCGAUUACGAACAGGAUGGAUGUCGACUAA